AUGGGGGACUUGCUCGUGGGAGUAGUUUUCGCCCCCGUGUGCUCAUUGGUGAUGAAGAUUAUUGCUCAUGAAGAAAAAGAUGUGGUGAAUUAUGACCAGCCCCCAAUAUUCGAUGAGGAAGAUCAAGUGAUAGCCAUGGACAGCGAUAUGUAUGCAUAUGUUGCUUCACAAGAUGUUGAAGUGAUUGUGCAUCAAAACAUAUGUGAGAAUGAGAGUCACAUUGCCAAACUGAGAGAGAGUGAAAACAAAAGUGAGUUGUGUGAUUCCACCAACUAUGAGGUUGAGAGCAUAAAAAAUACGAGUGUUUGUAAAGAGAACAAGGAAGAGAUGGUUGCUCAUGACAACUCCAUACUUGUUGAGAGAAGUGAGAAGGUAGCCAUUAAACCGAACCAAUUGUGUGCUGCCCAAAACAUGAACCAUGACGAGGAAAAUGGUAAGAUUUUAGAAGCAUCAUCCAUGAUACUUGCACUACCACAAAGUCUAAAGGGUAAUGAAAAUAAUUCAGAUCUGAGUUUUCAAAACAAAAUGGUGAGCAAUUAUGAUGAAACACAUGGUUCAAAUGGAAUUGACCCUACAUAA